CGACCAGGAGCAGGAGCAGCCGCCGCCCGCCUCCGCGCUGACGCGCCGCCGAGCGCUCGUGCCGCCCAAGCUCAUCACCGACUCCGUCGACGACCGCCGCCUGUCCGCGGGUUCAGACAACUCUCAGCGAACUCGCCGCAGCUCCAUCGUGGUCAUCCCCCCAAUGCAGAUCUGCCCAGGCGAUCUCCUGGUGUACAGCAAAGUACUCACCAAUCGUAACAAUCUCUUGGAUAUUGAUGGUUCAACGACAAGUCUUGCUGUAUCUGACACAGGCACUGAUAGUAAGAGAAGACCGUGGUCAAUGAAUAUUCCACAGUCCUGGCUGCUUCACGGAUCAGCUGAGGAUAUCAGUCGGCCCGAAUUUCCAAGCGGAUCUUUGCGAAGACAAAAGCGUAUACGCUACCGAUCGGCGACGACACUUGAUGGGGUGAACUCCAGAAAAGGAAAGAACACAUGGUCACUUUUAAGAUUAUUCGAGCGAUCUAGCCGAGGCAAGUCCGGAAGCAUCUGCGGGCUGGAAGAGGUUCUGAACUGCCUGCAGCGGAUAGAUUUCGAUGACGAGCAACUGUCACGGUUCCGCGGAAUGUGCUGGAGCGAGUUCGUGCAGUACUGCGAGAAGAAGGAGAAGCGCGCGCAGAGUGAGCGCUGCUUCGAGCGCCGGCUGAUGGGAGCGCGCGCCGUCUGGAAGGGGCUGGACCGCUCCCUGCCGCUCAAGCCCAGCCCGCUGGUGUCCACGCUCAGCGAGAAAGACCUGCUGGUGUCGCCCGUGUCCACAACCAGCCGUAUCGAGAGCAAACGACGCGAGGCCCUGUGGGACCUCUUCCAGAGCGAGUGCGCCUUUCUCUACGACCACCUCAUGGUUCUCAAAAACGUGUUCAUGGAACCACUUAAGAAGAUACAAGUUGAGGGAUUUGCUAUGUUUGCUGAACCUGAGCUCCUGUUUGGGAAUUUAGACGAGCUAUGCUGUGUAACGUACGCAUUCUGUAAGGAGUUCAUAAGCUUGAUGUUGGAAAACGUUGGACCUAAUGGUGACCUGCCUGUUACCGACGUCUUGGUCAAGUUAUUUCAAAAGAGUUCGCAGGCUGAUUCAGUCUCACAAGCAUACCACUGUUAUGCACUGAAUUACAUCAAUGCUCUAAAUUAUCUAGAGACCCUAAGAAGGCAUGUGGAAUUCUGCGAGUUCGAAAAGUGGUGCAACAGGGAUCCGAGAUGCAAGAAGCUGCAGCUAACAGAUUUGCUAGUGGCUCCAGUACAGCACAUAAUGAAAGUUCCACUUAUCCUAAAGGAAGUAGAAACGAGGACUGAAGAACCAGCAGAGAGAGAACUGAUAGCUCAAAUUCUAGAAGUUGAGGAAAACUCCAUCAGGGAGCUAGAUGACAAGAUGAAAUGGUUGAAAAAUUUUGAAAGACUUUUGGAAAUACAGAGAAACAUAGUGUGGCCAUCAGUUUUUGAGCUGGACUCUAAAGUCUAUGUUCCAGAAUUUCUGAAACCUGCACUUAUGAAGCAACCAUGUGACAGAAUUAUUGUUAGCCCUAGAAGGCAAAUCAUUAUCGAAGGUCCAUUGCAAGUUUGGGAUACAGGAAAGCCACAGGAGAUGUACGUCGUCUUAUUUGAUGACAUGCUUUUGAUUACACGGAAGAAGAAAGGAUUAUCAAAAAAGAAAUCAUCCAUUUCUGAGAACUGGGCAAGUUCAUGCAGCCGUGGGUCACCCUCCAAUGAACCUGCAGUGCGCUACAUUGUGUACAAACAACCACUCUCACUAGAUCGCUUCUUCAUUCAUGACGUGACAACCCUGGAAAGCGCCAGUUGUCGCUUGGAAAAUGCAUUUGUUUUAGUGAGCUUGAACAGAUUUCAACAAGUUGUUACCAUUCACACAUUUCAAGCCCCAUCUGAUCAAGUAAAGCAAACGUGGCUGCUGAAGCUUAGAGACACCCAGGACAAGUGGAAACGGACACUUCAACAUACAGUCUUUCGUUCACCCCGUCUGUCCACCUGCAGUGCAAAGUCUUCCACCUGACUACCUUCUGAUAUUGGGUUGUCUUCAAGCAUGAUAUGAAACAUAAUGAAACGUUAUUUUUUGUAUAAUUCUUCUAGAUAAGUGUACUGAAUGUGAAAUAACUAUGUUAUGAAGAUAUCUAUUAUUUACAACAUAAUGAAGUACCAGGCAUGAAAAGAAAGUUGUUUUUACAGAAAGAAUAUAUUUUAUCUAAAAUUUAGGCAUAUAAUAUAUUUAAUUAAAAAUUAAUCACAU